CACAACACACACACACACACACACACACACAACACAAACUACCGCGGCUGUCCGGGAAGGCUGGCUUGAGGCUUCAAUGUUCACCCUUCAAGAGAACAUGCCCAGAGCUGGGAUCAACAUGAAGGAGGAACCGUUAGUGGCUGGGAUGAAUCCCAUGCGCUCCUGGAUUCAGACCGGUGGCAUUCUGGACGCGAACACGGCCGCUCAGAGCGGUGUCGGUUUGGCCCGCUCCCACUUUGAGAAACAGCCGCCCUCCAACCUCCGCAAGUCCAACUUUUUCCACUUCGUGUUGGCUCUCUACGACAGACAGGGGCAGCCGGUGGAGAUCGAGAGGACGGCCUUCAUGGACUUUGUAGAGAAGGACAAAGAGCAUAAUGGUGAGAAGACAAACAACGGCGUCCACUACCGAUUGCAACUUCUCUACAGCAAUGGAAUAAGAACAGAGCAAGAUUUAUUCGUACGGUUGAUAGACUCCAUGACUAAACAGGCCAUCAUAUAUGAAGGACAGGACAAGAACCCAGAUAUGUGUCGAGUGCUGCUCACACAUGAGAUCAUGUGCAGCCGGUGUUGCGACAAGAAAAGCUGUGGGAACCGGAACGAGACGCCUUCAGACCCAGUUAUCAUCGACAGGUGAGGAAGGUGCUUUCUUUGAUCUCUUUGCUCCCGAUUGAGUCGGGGUUUGUAAGGUUUGCUUGGCCCAGCGGCCGCCAUUCGCACUAACUUGCCAUCGAUGCUGCUCGUUGUGGAGUUAGUGGGGAAACA